AAACAGUACGGACACCGGGUUUAAACAAGAUGUUGACUCCCCUGUAAACUUUCCCUCACAGCAUGAAUUCACCGGUGGAUUUCAGACUCUAUGUUCUCAUACUCUGAUCAGAAAACUAUCGAUCCUUCUGGAAAGUCUUUACUCUUCACAACGGGAUAGAAAAUGUCCAUAGUAACAGUGCAGCUCGGUCAGUGCGGUAACCAGGUGGGACACGAGCUGUUUGACAUCCUCUGCAGCGAUGCUCACGAGGGACAGAGGAAAGUGUACAGCACAGCCAGCCGCGAGCGCUUCUUCCACCGGACCGCACACGGAGAGCUUGUAGCCAGGGCGGUGCUGAUCGACAUGGAGCCCAAAGUUAUCAAUCAGAGUGUCAGCAGGGCUGCAAAGUGUGGCAGGUGGAGAUAUGGAGACACUUCACACUUCAGCCAGAAGCAGGGCUGUGGGAACAACUGGGCGAACGGGUUCUGUGUCCACGGGCCUCGUCACAGAGACGUGGUGGAGGAGCUGGUGAGGCGAGAGGUGGAGCGCUGUGACAGACUGGCCGGAUUUAUGGCCAUGAUGAGUGUGGCAGGGGGAACGGGCUCCGGGGUCGGCACUUAUGUCACUCAGUGUCUCCGAGACGUCUAUCCCAAGUCCUUCAUCCUAAACCACCUCACCUGGCCGUACGGGACCGGGGAGGUGAUUGUCCAGAACUACAACUCAGUGCUGACGCUGGCUCAUCUCUACCAGCUGUCAGACGCCAUCCUGGUGCAUGAGAACGACACGGUGCACAGGAUCUGCAGUCAGCUGCUCAACAUCAAACACAUCUCCUUCAGCGACGUCAACGGGGUGAUCGCUCACCAGCUGGGCAGCGUCCUGCAGCCCGCGCUCUCUGCCGACUCCUAUGGAGUCUACAGCAGAAACCCUCUGGGUGAGUUGGUGAGCUCCCUGACAUGCCACCCAGAGUACAAGUUGCUCAGUGUGUGUACUGUCCCUCAGAUGCCCAGUUCCUCCAUAGCCUACAGCACGUUCAGCUGGCCCAGCCUGCUCAAACACCUGCGACAGAUGCUCAUCUCCAACACCAAGAUGGAGGAAGGUAUAGACUGGCAGGUGCGUCCUCCCCCGGCAGGCUCUGAGCGGACCAGAACCAGCUUUAAUACGUCUCUGGCCAACCUGCUCAUACUGAGAGGGAAAGAUGUCUACAGCGCAGAGACAGGUAGCUUUGAGGACCCGGCCCUGUACACCUCCUGGCUCUCAUCACAAGAAGCUUUCAACUCGUGGAAAUCCCCAGUGCCUUUUAACAAGUAUGAAAAAUGCGUUACGCUGGUCAGUAACAGCCAGGCUCUGCUCAGACCUCUGGAUCACAUGGUGGGAAAAGCCUGGAAUAUGUUUGCAUCGAGGGCCUACAUUCAUCAGUACAUUAAAUUUGGGAUCUCAGAGGAGGACUUUCUAGACAGCUUCACGUCUCUGGAGCAAGUCAUCUCCAGCUACAAACAACUGCGCUAGAAAACAUGCACAACCUGGCCUUCGGACUGUAUGUGGAUAAGAGAAUACCAUUAUAUGGGACCUUUCUGAUGUUUUUUAUUUAAAAAAGUUAAAAUUACAUGUCCAUCUGCUGAGGGAGAUCAUGUGUCGUGAGUGAAAGCUCCAAAAUGGACCCUGUGGUGAGUCUAACUAUAGCUAUUUUUGUUUUUAAAUGUGAAGGUAUAAUAAAUCAUGUGUCCAGCAGUGGUGGAACAAGUCAGAUCCUUUAAAUAAAAGUAGUAAGACUACACUGUAGAAACUUACUUAACUUUUCUUCAGUAAAAGAACAGUUGGCAUUAAAGUAUACUUAAAAGUACCAAAAUUAGUACCCAAAAUGGCCUGUUUCAGAAUGUGUAAAUGUGUGUAUAUAUAUAUAUAUAUAUAUAAUUAUUUAAUGUAUAUUUGUUACUUUAUAUACUGCUGGGUAGCUUGUGAAUAUUCUUGGGGAUCAAUAAAGUAAUAUCACAAGUUUGAUUAACUUCUGUAUUAUUAAUCCAAAUCUGGAAAGUAAAUAAAGUUCACAUUAAUGUAAAAAAUAUACAAUAUUUGCCUCCGACAAAUGGUGAAGUAUAAAGUAACAGAAAAAUGGAAAUCCUAAAAGUUCUCCAGUAAAUGUGCUUUGUAUCUUCCCCACACUGAAGUUCAGCAAUUAGAAAU